UCUGACCCGGUAUUGAUGCAGGCUGAGGCCUCUGUUGUAAUGUGCUGGGUGUCAUCUGAAGACAGAAAAAAAAAAAAAAAAAAAAAAAAGUUCUAUGGGGGGGACUGCCAGCUGACCCUCAAUAAGAAAUGCACGCAUUUGAUUGUUCCAGAGCCAAAGGGGGAGAAAUACGAAUGUGCUUUAAAGCGCGCAAGUAUUAAAAUUGUGACUCCUGACUGGGUUCUGGAUUGCGUAUCAGAGAAAACCAAAAAGGACGAAGCAUUUUAUCAUCCUCGUUUGAUUAUUUAUGAAGAGGAAGAAGAGGAAGAGGAAGAGGAGGAAGAAGUAGAAAAUGAGGAACAAGAUUCUCAGAAUGAGGGUAGUACAGAUGAGAAGUCAAGCCCUGCCAGCUCUCAAGAAGGGUCUCCUUCAGGUGACCAGCAGUUUUCACCCAAAUCCAACACUGAAAAAUCUAAAGGGGAAUUAAUGUUUGAUGACUCUUCAGAUUCAUCACCGGAAAAACAAGAGAGAAAUUUAAACUGGACCCCGGCUGAAGUCCCACAGUUAGCUGCAGCAAAACGCAGGCUGCCUCAGGGAAAGGAGCCUGGGUUGAUUAACUUGUGUGCCAAUGUCCCACCUGUUCCAGGUAACAUUUUGCCCCCUGAGGUCCGGGGUAAUUUAAUGGCUGCUGGACAAAACCUCCAAAGUUCUGAAAGAUCAGAAAUGAUAGCUACCUGGAGUCCAGCUGUACGGACAUUGAGGAAUAUUACUAAUAAUGCUGACAUUCAGCAGAUUAACCGGCCAUCAAAUGUAGCACAUAUCUUACAGACGCUUUCAGCACCUACGAAAAAUUUAGAACAGCAGGUGAAUCACAGCCAGCAGGGACAUACAAAUGCCAAUGCAGUGCUGUUUAGCCAAGUGAAAGUGACUCCAGAGACACACAUGCUACAGCAGCAGCAGCAGGCCCAGCAGCAGCAGCAGCAGCAACAGCACCCGGUUUUACACCUUCAGCCCCAGCAGAUAAUGCAGCUCCAGCAGCAGCAGCAGCAGCAGCAGCAGCAGCAGAUUUCUCAGCAACCUUACCCCCAGCAGCCACCACAUCCGUUUUCACAGCAGCAGCAGCAGCAGCAGCAAGCCCAUCCGCAUCAGUUUUCACAGCAGCAGCUACAGUUUCCACAGCAACAGUUGCAUCCUCCACAGCAGCUGCAUCGCCCUCAGCAGCAGCUCCAGCCCUUUCAGCAGCAGCAUGCCUUGCAGCAGCAGUUCCAUCAGCUGCAGCAGCACCAGCUCCAGCAGCAGCAGCUCGCCCAGCUCCAGCAGCAACACAGCCUGCUCCAGCAGCAGCAGCAGCAGCAACAGCAGAUUCAGCAGCAGCAGCUCCAGCAGCAGCAGCUCCAGCGCAUGCACCAGCAGCAGCAGAUGCAAAGUCAGACGGCGCCACACUUGAGUCAGACGUCACAGGCGCUGCAGCAUCAGGUUCCACCUCAGCAGCCCCCGCAGCAGCAGCAGCAACAGCAGCCACCACCACCACCACCUCAGCAUCAUCAGCUUUUUGGACAUGAUCCAGCAGUGGAGAUUCCAGAAGAAGGCUUCUUAUUGGGAUGUGUGUUUGCAAUUGCGGAUUAUCCAGAGCAGAUGUCUGAUAAGCAACUGCUGGCCACCUGGAAAAGGAUAAUCCAGGCACAUGGUGGCACUGUUGACCCCACGUUCACAAGUCGAUGUACGCACCUUCUCUGUGAGAGUCAAGUCAGCAGCGUGUAUGCACAGGCAAUAAGAGAAAGAAAGAGAUGUAUCACUGCGCACUGGUUAAACACAGUCUUAAAGAAGAAGAAAAUGGUACCACCGCACCGAGCCCUUCACUUUCCAGUGGCCUUCCCACCAGGAGGAAAGCCGUGUUCACAGCAUAUUAUUUCUGUGACUGGAUUUGUUGAUAGUGACAGAGAUGACCUAAAAUUAAUGGCUUAUUUGGCGGGCGCCAAAUAUACGGGUUACCUAUGCCGCAGCAACACAGUCCUCAUCUGUAAAGAACCAACUGGUUUAAAGUAUGAAAAAGCCAAAGAGUGGAGGAUACCCUGUGUCAACGCCCAGUGGCUUGGCGACAUUCUUCUGGGAAACUUUGAGGCACUGAGGCAGAUUCAGUAUAGUCGCUACACGGCGUUCAGUCUGCAGGAUCCAUUUGCCCCUACCCAGCAUUUAGUUUUAAAUCUUUUAGAUGCUUGGAGAGUUCCCUUAAAAGUGUCUGCAGAGUUGUUGAUGAGUGUAAGACUACCUCCCAAACUGAAACAGAAUGAAGUAGCUAACGUCCAGCCUUCUUCCAAAAGAGCCAGAAUUGAAGACAUACCACCUCCCACUAAAAAGCUAACUCCGGAAUUGACCCCUUUUGUGCUUUUCACUGGAUUCGAGCCUGUCCAGGUUCAACAGUAUAUUAAGAAGCUCUACAUUCUCGGUGGGGAGGUGGCAGAGUCUGCACAGAAGUGCACGCAUCUCAUUGCCAGCAAAGUGACUCGCACUGUGAAGUUCCUGACGGCAAUUUCUGUCGUGAAGCACAUAGUGACGCCAGAGUGGCUGGAAGAAUGCUUCAGGUGUCAGAAGUUCAUUGAUGAGCAGAACUACAUUCUCCGAGAUGCUGAGGCAGAAGUACUUUUCUCUUUCAGCUUGGAAGAAUCCUUAAAACGGGCACAUGUUUCUCCACUCUUUAAGGCAAAAUAUUUUUACAUCACACCUGGAAUCUGCCCAAGUCUUUCCACUAUGAAGGCAAUCGUAGAGUGUGCAGGAGGAAAGGUGUUAUCCAAGCAGCCAUCUUUCCGGAAACUCAUGGAGCACAAGCAGAACUCGAGUUUGUCGGAAAUAAUUUUAAUAUCCUGUGAAAAUGACCUUCAUUUAUGCCGAGAAUAUUUUGCCAGAGGCAUAGAUGUUCACAAUGCAGAGUUCGUUCUGACCGGAGUACUCACACAAACGCUGGACUAUGAAUCAUAUAAGUUCAACUGAUGGCGUCUAGGCUGCAGUGCGUGUGGACUCCUGCGGUACGGGGCCAGCUGUCUGGCUGGCAAGGAGCUGCCGCGCUUCCUUCACGUGCUCUUGUUUUCCAGCUGCUUUCUUGGGGGAUCAGACUGUAAAGCAGGAAGACAGAUAUAAUAAAUAUACUGCAUCUUUUUAAGAUGUGCAAUUUUAUUCUGAGGAAACAUAAAUUAUGUUUUGUAUUAUAUGACUUUAAGAGCCCACAUUAGGUUUUAUGAUUCAUUUGCCAGGUUUUUAAAUGUUUUCACAAAACUGUUAUGGGACUUCAACUAGAAAUAAAAUGGUGUAAAUAAAGACCUUGCUAUCUCUAAAUUAUGGAUGUUAAAGAUUUGAAAUGUUUUGUACUUUGAUUAUUUUUAUUUCUUAUACUCUGUUUUCUUUUAUAUUGAUAUCUUGCCCACAUUUUAAAUAAAUGUACUUUUGAACUUA